AUGCCUCUGACCAGUGCCUUCAGGGCUGUGGACAACGACCCUGGGAUCAUUGUCUGGAGAAUAGAGAAAAUGGAGCUGGCACUGGUGCCUGUGAGCGCCCAUGGCAACUUCUAUGAAGGGGACUGCUACGUCAUCCUCUCGACCCGGAGAGUGGCCAGUCUCCUAUCCCAGGACAUCCACUUCUGGAUCGGGAAGGACUCCUCCCAGGAUGAGCAAAGCUGCGCAGCCAUCUAUACCACACAGCUGGACGACUACCUGGGAGGCAGCCCUGUGCAGCACCGAGAGGUCCAGUACCAUGAGUCAGAUACUUUCCGUGGCUACUUCAAGCAGGGCAUCAUCUACAAGCAGGGGGGUGUCACCUCUGGGAUGAAGCAUGUGGAGACCAACACCUAUGACGUGAAGCGGCUGCUACAUGUGAAAGGGAAAAGAAACAUCAGGGCUACUGAGGUGGAAAUGAGCUGGGACAGUUUCAACCGAGGUGAUGUCUUCUUGCUGGACCUUGGGAAAGUCAUCAUCCAAUGGAAUGGCCCAGAGAGCAACAGUGGGGAGCGCCUGAAGGCUAUGCUUCUGGCAAAGGAUAUUCGAGACAGGGAGCGAGGGGGCCGUGCUGAAAUAGGAGUGAUCGAGGGAGACAAGGAGGCAGCCAGCCCAGAGCUGAUGAAAGUCCUUCAGGACACCCUUGGCCGACGCUCCAUUAUCAAGCCUGCAGUCCCUGAUGAGAUCAUAGAUCAGCAGCAGAAAUCAAAUAUCAUGUUGUAUCAUAUCUCAGAUUCAGCUGGGCAGCUGGCAGUCACAGAGGUAGCAACGAGGCCUCUGGUCCAGGACUUACUGAACCAUGAUGACUGCUACAUCCUGGACCAAAGUGGAACCAAAAUCUACGUGUGGAAAGGAAAAGGAGCCACAAAGGCUGAAAAACAGGCAGCCAUGUCUAAAGCGCUGGGCUUCAUCAAGAUGAAGGGCUAUCCCAGCAGCACCAAUGUGGAGACCGUCAAUGAUGGUGCUGAGUCGGCCAUGUUCAAGCAGCUGUUCCAGAAGUGGUCAGUAAAGGACCAGACCAUGGGCCUGGGGAAAACAUUCAGCAUUGGUAAAAUUGCUAAAGUUUUCCAGGAUAAAUUUGAUGUGACUCUGCUACAUACCAAGCCAGAGGUAGCUGCCCAGGAAAGAAUGGUCGAUGAUGGCAACGGAAAAGUUGAGGUCUGGAGAAUUGAGAACCUGGAGCUGGUCCCUGUGGAAUAUCAAUGGUAUGGCUUCUUUUAUGGGGGAGACUGUUAUCUGGUCCUCUACACAUACGAGGUGAACGGGAAGCCACAUCACAUCUUGUACAUCUGGCAGGGCCGCCACGCCUCACAGGAUGAGCUGGCAGCCUCGGCAUACCAGGCAGUGGAGGUGGAUCAGCAGUUUGAUGGGGCCGCUGUGCAGGUUCGAGUCAGGAUGGGGACGGAGCCACGCCACUUCAUGGCCAUCUUCAAAGGGAAGCUAGUUAUCUUUGAGGGUGGGACUUCCAGGAAGGGAAAUGCCGAGCCUGACCCUCCGGUAAGACUCUUCCAAAUUCAUGGAAAUGACAAAUCUAACACCAAAGCAGUGGAGGUUCCAGCCUUUGCCUCCUCCCUAAACUCCAAUGAUGUCUUUCUGCUGCGAACUCAGGCAGAGCACUACCUGUGGUACGGCAAGGGGUCUAGUGGGGAUGAGCGGGCAAUGGCUAAGGAGCUGGCCAGCCUUCUCUGUGAUGACAGCGAGAACACUGUGGCCGAGGGCCAGGAGCCGGCCGAGUUCUGGGACCUACUGGGAGGGAAAACUCCCUAUGCCAAUGAUAAAAGGUAUGGGAACACAGCCUCCCCCUCUUCUGGGCUCCCCCUGCCUGCCAGGCUUGUGAAUUGCACAAAGGCUAAAACCUCAGUUUUAAAAACAUUUCUAAGCAGCUCGGUGCCCUUAAAUGGACUGUAUUGCAGACUUCAGCAGGAAAUCCUAGAUGUCCAGUCCCGUCUCUUUGAAUGUUCCAAUAAGACUGGUCAAUUCAUUGUCACUGAGAUCACAGACUUCACCCAGGAUGACCUGAACCCUGGUGACGUGAUGCUCCUAGAUACCUGGGACCAGGUGUUCUUGUGGACUGGGGCUGAGGCCAACGCCACGGAGAAGGAGAGUGCCCUUGCCACAGCGCAGCAGUACCUGCACACUCACCCCAGCGGCCGAGAUCCCGACACACCAAUCCUGAUCAUUAAGCAGGGGUUUGAGCCUCCCACCUUCACAGGCUGGUUCCUAGCCUGGGACCCUAACAUUUGGAGUACAGGAAAAACAUAUGAACAAUUAAAAGAAGAGCUGGGAGAUGCUGCUGCUAUCAUGCGAAUCACUGCUGACAUGAAGAAUGCAACCCUCUCCCUGAAUUCUAAUGACAGUGAGCCAAAAUAUUACCCUAUAGCAGUUCUGCUGAAAAACCAGAAUCAGGAGCUGCCUGAGGAUGUAGACCCUGCUAAAAAGGAGAAUUACCUCUCUGAACAGGACUUUGUGUCUGUGUUUGGCAUCACAAGAGGACAAUUUGCAGCUCUGCCUGGCUGGAAACAGCUCCAAAUGAAGAAAGAAAAGGGGCUUUUCUAAAGCAAGAAGGCCUAUAUCUAUUGCAAGGCCACAGAAAAGAGCAGAUAGUGCCAAUAUCAGGAAAUAAUUUAUCCACCAAUUUCUGCCUGACAUUCAGCUACUUAAUUUAGAUAUAAUAGAGUCUGCAAAUCACAGCAUGUUCUCCAUGUUUCUCAUCCUUGCAUUCCUUGCUUGUUAUAUACCUAAAAUGUUAACCAUAUAGUUUUUGGGUUUUAUGGCCCUCUAGCUAAAGUCUCAGCAGAAAGCACUAAAACUCCAUAAAUCUGGAGAAAUCAAAAGAAAGAGAGCCAAAAAACAAUGCUUAAAAUGUUUAAUAACUUUGUUUAAUAUUAUACCGGGACCUACCUUUGUUUUCAAUUUGAAGAUCAUUAUUUCUAAAAUCUAUUUAACCUGUAAAUCAUUGAAAUCAUAUAUACACUCCAUAGGCAAAAUCCAAAUGCCCAGAUCUGUAAUGUGUCAAAGCAUUUUUAACUUUUCAAAUAAAGAUAUCUGUAAUGAA